CACCCCUUUCGGGUUUGCUGGGAAAUGAUUUGCUUGAUGGGCGGAGUUUAAAUGUGGGCGGAGCCAGCUGUAAUACAGCAUUAUGUGGGUUGUUAAACGUGCUUUAGUAUUUGGGAUCGUAGGGAGUCGUGGGGUCGUCAGAGCAAUGGCGACACAAGGGGAAGACUGGCGAAAUGCCAAAUCCAUCUACGAGUUCUCGGCCAACGACAUCGACGGCAACGAGGUCUCUCUGGAGAAGUACAGGGGCGACGUCUGCAUCAUCACCAACGUCGCCUCCAAAUGAGGCAAGACCCCCGUAAACUACACUCAGCUUGCGCAGAUGCACGCCACGUACGCUGAGAGAGGUUUACGCAUCCUGGGGUUCCCCUGCAACCAGUUCGGAAAACAGGAACCGGGCACAGAGGAACAGAUAAAGGAGUUUGCCAAGGGUUACCAUGCUGAGUUCGACCUCUUCAGUAAGAUCGAUGUGAACGGGGAGAACGCCCACCCCCUCUGGAAAUGGAUGAAGGACCAGCCCAAAGGGAAAGGCACUCUGGGAAACAACAUCAAGUGGAAUUUCACUAAGUUUCUCAUCAAUCGCGAGGGACAGGUGGUGAAAAGGUAUUCUCCGAUGGAAGAUCCCAGUGUGGUGGAAAAAGAUCUCCCCAGUUACCUGUAGCCGGUCAAACAUUUCUCAGAUUGAAUCCGCCCCCCACCCCUACCCCUUUCUCUGUUCCUCUGCUUGAUUGUCAUCUCCUCUCUCCUCUCCCGUCCCAUGGCAUGCUGGGUGUUGGAGUCCGUUCCCCAGACCAGUGACGGCCUGUUUGUAAACCCAUUAUUAAACGGGGUGGACAGGCCUGAUGACCCCCUGGCGUGCAGCCCCCACCUGGGAGGAGUCCAGCACCCAGCCAUGACCCCCUUAAAAUCUGAGAGGAGUCCUAAGACCUUCCCCCUCCCCUUCUCACAACAACCCUCAGUGUUAUAGAAGUAUUUACAACCGAAGGAUUGAUCUAGAUUUUUGUAAUGUGCAGGUAAUUAAUGAACAAUUAAUAAACAAACCUAAUGAAA